AGCCACUUGACCCUCAUUCUACCACACAGCCCUCAGAGACCCAACAUUUGUGCACAGUCCAAACCUCAGAGGCCCAGACAUGAGUAAGUCCUAUUCAGCUUCUGCCGAGACGGCUUCCUCCUACCGCCGAACCUUUGGCUCUGGUGUGGGCUCCUCAAUUUUCACUGGCCGUGGAUCCUCUGGCUCCUCUCGUUUGUCCUCCAGAGUUUAUGAGAUGACCAAGUCCUCCUCAGCUCCCAUUUACUCCAGCCAACGUGCUUCCAGCUCCUCCUAUGGUAGUGCAAUGGUCCGUUCCUACGCUGGCCUUGGUGAGAAGCUGGACUUCAAUCUGGCUGAUGCCAUGAACCAGGACUUCCUCAAUACACGCACAAAUGAGAAGGUAGAGCUGCAACAUCUGAACGACCGCUUCGCCAGCUACAUUGAGAAGGUGCGCUUCCUAGAGCAGCAGAACCAAGCACUGAUGGUGGAGAUUGAACGUGUGCGGGGCCGCGAGCCAACACGUAUUGCAGAGAUGUAUGAGGAGGAGAUGAGAGAGCUACGCAGACAGGUAGAUGCACUGACCAAUCAGAGGUCUUGCGUUGAGAUAGAGAGGGACAACCUGGCCGAUGACCUCCAAAAGCUAAAACUAAGACUUCAGGAGGAGAUCCACCAGAAAGAGGAAGCUGAGAACAACCUCUCUGCUUUUAGAGCUGAUGUAGAUGCUGCCACUCUGUCCAGGCUGGACCUGGAAAGACGCAUUGAGGGGCUUCAGGAGGAGAUUGCAUUCCUCAAGAAGAUCCACGAAGAGGAAAUCCGUGAGCUGCAAACCCAGAUGCAGGAGACUCAGGUGCAGGUCCAAAUGGACAUGUCCAAGCCAGACCUGACUGCUGCCCUAAGGGACAUCCGUGUGCAGUAUGAGGCGAUUGCUGCCAAGAAUAUCCAAGAGGCUGAGGAGUGGUACAAAUCCAAGGUGUCAGAUCUGAGCCAGGCAGUAAACAAGAAUAAUGAUGCUCUGAGACAGGCCAAGCAGGAGUCCAUGGAGUUCCGUCACCAGAUUCAGUCCUACACUUGCGAGAUCGACUCUCUCAAGGGAACCAAUGAGUCUCUGAUGAGGCAGAUGAGGGAGAUGGAAGAAAGGCUGGGUCAUGAGUCCGGUGGUCAACAGGACACCAUUACCCGCCUGGAAGGUGAGAUCACUAAAAUGAAGGAUGAGAUGGCUCGCCAUCUGCGUGAGUACCAGGACCUGUUGAACGUAAAGAUGGCACUUGAUGUUGAGAUCGCCACCUACAGGAAGCUUCUGGAAGGAGAAGAAAGCAGGAUUACUCUGCCUGUACAGUCAUUUUCUAGCUUGAGUUUUAGAGAGACCAGCCCAGAGCAGCAGCACCUUCACCAGCCACAGCGCUCAUCUGAGGUCCACUCUAAGAAAACAGUUUUGAUCAAGACCAUUGAGACCCGUGAUGGCGAGGUCGUCAGCGAGUCCACACAGCACCAGCAGGACAUUGUUUAAAAUCCAUAAUACAGAUUUUAAUUUCGUCAAAUCUCUAACCCUAAUAUAGAUUUUUACUGAUGGCCUCAUGUUUUGUAUGCACACCCAGCCUUGUCAUGACCCAUGACCACAGUGUGGAUAAACACAAUGACAAAAUGAAUGUGAGCAAAAGAACAAGAGAGAUAAGAGAUUGAGUGGAAUCAGACCUGCAAUACACAUAUAGUGAGGAGAGUCCUGAAAGUGAUCAGUUGAUCUCAAAGUUUCUGUUUGUAUGAAUGUACACGUGCACAUGUGGUUGGGUCAUAUUUUAAGAAAUCGUGUUCCACCUCUACAAAAAGACGUUAAUAAAGAUUCACUGUGCUUUUCUCCUAUAAAA